GGUUGUGACUGGAUGCUAUUUGGACGGUUGGGGGGCUGUGGUGGGCCAUCAUCCUGAGAAAUCUAGCUGUCUCCUCCAUUCCGGUGAGGCCACCAGGUGGGUCAGGUGAGCAGUCCUAGCCGCUCAUGGCAUCCCAGCAGGAGAAGCCAGGCCCGAGUCAUCGAGGAGGGAGCCCCAGCAGAUCUCCCUCGGCCGGAACCCGGAUGAUGGGGCAAAAGCGAGGAGGCCGGAAGGGAUCACCAGUCCCGAGAGCCAGCCCAAGUUUAGCUGAGGCCCGUCGCAGAGGGCGAGCAAAGAAAUUGAGUCAAGUGUCUGAGCAAGACCUGGUGACCAACCUGCAAGACCUGGACCUUGAGGCAGAGUCAGCAGUACCCUCAGGGACUGGCCUGGUGCUGGAUGAGAGAAUGGGUGGAUUCCACUGCUCCUGGGAUGAAAGUUUCCCUGAAAGACCGGAACGCCUUCAGGCUGUGCAGGAACAACUGGCCAGGGACGGUCUGCUUGAGCGGUGUGUCCACAUUGAGGCCCGUCCAGCUACUCCCCAGGAGCUGCAGCUUGUCCAUAGCCAAGAAUACAUAGAGCUGAUGGCAUCCACACCACAGAUGACUGAAUCGGAGCUUCGGACCCUCUCAGACACCUACGAUUCUGUCUACCUGCACCCGAACUCAUUUCCUUGUGCCCUCUUGGCUACUGGGGCGCUGCUUCGGCUGGUGGAUGCCUUGAUGGUAGGCGAGAUCCGGAACGGACUAGCUCUUGUCAGGCCCCCUGGCCAUCAUGCCCAGCGUGAGAACAUGAAUGGCUACUGUAUGUUCAACAAUGUUGCCAUUGCUGCCCGCUAUGCCCAGGAAAAGCACCAUGUGUCACGGAUACUCAUUGUGGAUUGGGAUGUCCACCAUGGUCAAGGCAUACAGUUCAUCUUCGAGCAGGACCCAAGCGUCCUCUACUUCUCCGUUCACCGCUAUGAGCAGGGUCGAUUCUGGCCCCACCUAAAAGCUUCUGACUGGCGGGCAACAGGGAGUGGCAAGGGUCAGGGAUACACUGUCAAUGUGCCUUGGAACCAGGUGGGGAUGAGGGAUGGGGAUUACAUCAGCUCCUUCUUACAUGUGCUGCUGCCCAUCGCUCUGGAGUUUCAGCCUCAGAUGGUUCUGGUGGCCGCUGGCUUUGAUGCCAUGCUGGGGGACCCCAAGGGAGAAAUGGCGGCCACUCCGGGGGGUUUUGCCCACCUCACUCACUUGCUCAUGAGUCUGGCUAGGGGGAAGCUGAUUCUGUGUCUGGAGGGCGGCUACAAUUUGUGUUCUCUUGCUUUGGGGGUCAGUGCCACUCUUCAGACCCUCCUGGGAGACCCAUGUCCCAUGUUGGCCACACCUUGUGUCCCCUGCCCCAGUGCUCUGGCUUCCUUGUCCUGUACCCUGGCUGCUCACAGACCUUUCUGGAAGGUUAUACAGAGGUUUCAGUCUGCCCCUGAGGACAAGGAGAAAGAUCACAGGGAGGUGAGCCUAGGCCCCCCGCCCAAUCUUGAGGCCCUGGGGAAACCCUUGGAACAGGCCCUGCCCCUGCCUCUGAACCGAACAGGCUUGGUAUAUGAUGAGAGGAUGAUGGAGCAUUUCAAUAUGUGGGACAGCCACCACCCAGAGCGGCCAGAACGCAUCGCCCAGAUCGCACAGCACCACACGGAGCUUGGGCUGAGCCCUCGAUGCCUCCCUUUGCCUGCCCGUUCCGCUACGGAUGAUGAGCUGUUGAGCUGCCACAGCGAGGAGUAUAUUGACCGUGUUCGGGCCACAAGUGGGCUGAAGCCUCGGGACCUGCACAGGGAGGGUGAAAGUUAUAACUCCAUCUACAUCUCCCCCCAUUCCUUCAGCUGUGCCCGGCUUGCUGCCGGAGCUGCUUGCAGUUUGGUGGAGGCCAUCUUGGCCAGGGAGGUGCAGAAUGGGCUUGCCAUUGUCCGCCCACCAGGCCACCACGCUGAAAGAGAUGCUGCCUGUGGUUUCUGCUUCUUCAAUUCUGUGGCCGUGGCUGCUCGCCAUGCUCAGGAGGUGGCAGGCCGGGCCCUCCGAAUCCUGAUUGUGGAUUGGGACAUUCAUCAUGGCAAUGGAACACAGCACAUAUUUGAGGAAGACCCAAGUGUGCUGUACGUAUCCUUGCACCGCUAUGAUCACGGCGCCUUCUUCCCCGUGGCUGAGGAUGGUGCUAGCAGCUGUGUGGGCCAGGGCCAGGGAGAGGGUUUCAACGUCAAUGUGGCAUGGAACGGGCCCCGCAUUGGCGAUCCUGACUACCUCACCGCCAUGCACCAUAUUGUGAUGCCCAUUGCCUACGAGUUCAACCCUGAGUUGGUGCUGGUGUCUGCUGGCUUUGAUGCUGCUCGGGGGGACCCACUAGGAGGUUGCCUAGUCUCCCCAGAGGGCUACGCACACAUGACUCAUCUGCUGAUGGGGUUGGCUGGUGGCCACAUUGCCCUGGUCCUCGAGGGUGGCUACAACCUAACAUCCAUCUCAGAAUCUAUGGCUGCUUGUACCCGGACCCUUCUAGGUGACCCACCCCCAUCGCUCCCCUGGCUUCGGCCUCCGCUGCCUGGGGCCUUCCUCUCCCUGGCUGAGGUUGCCCAGACCCACCGGAAGUACUGGCAGAGCCUUCGGCUUACUGGUGAGCAGAGCUUCGACCAGGAGGAAACAAAGGAGACCUCACUGGAGCUGGUUGAGAUGGAGAGCACCCUGGGGCACGAGCUUCCUGAAGAGAGCCCUGCAGAGGCACUGGCCACAGGACUAAAGCUAGAGAGACGGCCUCCAUCACCCCUGCUCGAGGAGACCCUAGGCCUGGAGUCCCUUCGGCUCAGUGCAUGCGCUCCAGGGGAACCAGAGGCUGAAUCUGUCGUGGCCAACGAAGAGGACCCUGGGGAGGCAGCUGGGGAAGGGGGCCCAGCCACUCCCACCCUGCUGAUGAUAGGGGACCAAUUUGAUGCUGAGGGGACCACAUUCUAUGCUGUGACCCCGCUGUCGUGGUGCCCACACCUGGUGACUGUGCGCUCAGUGCCAGAGGGGGGCCUGGAUGUGACCCAGCCAUGCUGGGACUGCAGCACCUGUCUGGAGAAUUGGCUCUGCCUGUCUUGCUAUCAGGUUCAUUGUGGCCGCUACAUUCAGGCUCACAUGCUUCAGCACCAUGAGGCCUCAGGCCACCCACUGGUCCUAAGCUAUGCCGAUCUCUCAGCCUGGUGUUACACUUGCCAGGCCUAUGUGAACCAUGAGGUUCUGUCAGAGGCCAAGAAGGCUGCAUACCGGUCCAAAUUUGGGGAGGAGAUGCCAGCACUGCCAUGACAGCUGAGUGCCCUGUGGCCCCUCCUCGAUGUUGCCAUUCUUUUGGAUUAUUGAUUAAUGAGAACAAUCAUUCCUAUGUCUCUCUAGCAAAGACACUGGUUUCCCUAAAUAAAAGAAAACGAAAGACA